UUUGAGCCGCACGAGGAUCCGUACGAGGGGGUCGAAGUCACAUGAUGAAUGCGGAAGUAUCUUAGUCUGACUCGCGGUGGAGAAAACAUCGGCAAAGAAGACUUAAUUGCGAAUAUUAUUAUAGAGGCACACAGGUGACUCCGUGGAUGCGGAUAUGGAGCAUCGGUUAGGACGGGUACCGGUGUUGUCUCCGCUGGAGGAGUCGAGUGAGGAGGUGAGCCGAGACAGCGGGAUCGUGUCCCAAAGCACCAGCACAGUGUCCAUGCUGAGCGAGGGCCUGAGCAACGGAAACGUCUCCCAGAGCCCCAGCUUCGGACUUAACGUCUCCCAGAGCCCCAGUUUCGCCGGUAACGUAUCUGAAAGUCCGAGUUUCGGCGAUAACGUGCCUCGGAGUCCCAGUCUAGACGGUGCUGCUGCCCAGAGUCCCGUCCAUGAGCAGGAGGAUGAGAUCCUGAGACAGACUGCGCUCAGUUACUCCGCUUAUAUCCGAGCAGACGCAGGGGAGGAGAUCUUAUGUCUGGAGAAAAGUCUGGAAGAAAUGCUCACUCGAGUGGACGAGUUUGUGGGGAUGCUGGACAUGAUUCGCAAUGACACCUCUCAGAUCGUGAACGUCAGCCUGCCUCAGAUUUACAGAAAAGCGGAGGACAUGAGACAGAUUUACAGGAAGAUCGAUAAGCUGGAGGCUUUUGUGAAGAUGGUCGCAGCCAACGUGAGUGUCAUGGAGGAGCAAGUAAUCGAGGCCGAAGGUGAAGCCCGGACUCUACCUGGUGCUUUCAAAAAGAUUUUCCGAACAAUGAACGUCUCUGGAUUUUUAAAUAAACCAUCCAGCCCCAAAAGAGCAGCGCAGGAGAUUCCCUCCGUGUUCAGGACCGACGACUUCUUCCCCACUCAGCCAGAACCAUGAUAACGGAAAAAAAACUCUGUAGCGUUGAUCUCGCUCCGUUCCCGCCAAAGGUCCGAGACGGCCGCCCACCUCCGACAGCAAUAUCAAAGCGGUACUCGAGAACGCCAAUCACAGCCGAGCACUAUUUUAGCACACCGUUAGAUGGCAGCUAGUUUUAUAACGACAUUUUCAUUUGUUUUUUUGUUUUUUUUUUGUUUGUUUUUGUUUUUUUUUAAACUUUUGUUUAAAGUGCCUCUCCUGGAAAUGUCACUGUUUUCACAAACAGGCAUGUGACGAUAUCGGAUAUUCAUAUCACGCUAAAUUCAUUUUAAAUACGAUUUCUAUAACGGAGACUCUGACGGUCGUUCCGGCUUCAUGGAGAAUUACAGGUUUAUAUCAAUGCGCUCAUAUGGUUUCUAUAGUAACGACUUACACCGAGGCUUGUAUAACUGCACAACAUGAGACCCGAAACACUCGGAGUCGGUUCCGUGCUCGUAGGAGGAGCUGGAUCAGGUCUGACUCCACCCCCUGGACAUUUUGUUCCCCACUGAGGGUUUCUUGGGAGGAAAAAAAAAAACAAAAAAGUGGGGUUUCCUCCCAUAACACUACAGCAAAGACUAACAUAUCGUAUGCGACAAGUAUCAAACGCCACGUCGAAACCCGAAAACGCCGGUACGUCUGUAAAUGUUGCGAAACGGAAUAAAAAUGAAAUCCAAAUCAUAUUUUUAUUUAGUAUUGAAUUAUUAACUGUGAUUCAUUCAGUAAAAGUUACGAGAAUUUGAACCUGAGAUCCAGGUCCUGGGAGUUUAAGGCGUCGCAUCAGCUCUAACGAAUAGUGUAUAUAUUUUAUCUUUUAAGUUCACUAUCUCUGUAUAUCGACACAUGCCUACUAGCAAACACCAGAAAGACUUUCUGAGGUUUUUAAUUAAGAUUGUAUAAAUUUUGUAUAGUGUUAUUUUGAUCUUGGUAUUUUUUUUUUUUUUGCACUAACAUCAAGGUAGCUUGAACGACCUUUAUUUCAAGUACGCGCUUAAUUAAACGCUGUCACAUGCUGUAAUUUAAUACAACGCCACGGCUGCUUGUGCUUCUUGUUCAUACUGUAAAUUUCCACUUUAUCCUCUUCAGGCCACAGGAAAGCAAAUCUGUGGUUAUUCCUGUUUUGAGUUAGUAGUCUCUUUUUUACACUUAAUGAUGAUCAGUUAGUGUGACUGUUAAUUUAGCUACUUUAACGAAUCAAUUUGUAAGGAAUGUACAUUUAUUUAUAAUAAAAAGCUCAAUAUUAUUGUAAAAAGGA